AUGGAACUUCUAGGAAAACUGGUCGUGAUUACUGGAGCAGCGCGCGGAAUUGGAGAAGCUUCAGCAAAGGAGUACGCCAGGCAGGGAGCACGCGUCGUCCUCCUCGAUAUACAACUGUCGCCGCAAGAGGAGAUUGCAAAUCAGAUACGAAGUGAUGGUCUAGCGGCUUGGGCCUUUAAAUGCGAUGUCUCUGAUGACAUGGAAGUGGCCAAUGUGGCAAAAGUCAUCAAGCAGGAAAUUGGUGUGCCGGAUAUCGUCGUCAACAACGCAGUCAUGAUCCAGACAGGAUCAGCUCUCAACGCCGAUAUUGAAAGUGUUCGGCGUCAAUUGGACAUCAAUGUCUUGGGUUAUCUUCGAAUUGCCCGAGCGUUUCUGCCGGAAAUGAUCAAGCGUGGCAGUGGACUCAUCGCGAAUACAGCUUCUCCCAACGGGCUCAAUCCUCCACCAAUGGUAUCGGGCAAUAUGUUUUCGUACUGCUUGUCCAAGGCUGGCACGAUUUCCCUUAGUCAAUGCAUGGCUGUAUCGCUCCAGACUACCGGUGUGAGGGUCUGUAUACUCGUGCCGGACGUGACGUAUACCAAGUCUGUGGAAGAACUCCAAGGAACAGCUCCGGAUAUGUUUCAUCAGGGGUUCAAGCAAUUUAUCAACACAAGCAGCACACCAGCCGACGCCGCUGCUAGGAAACUUGUGGAGGGCGUAAAGACGGGGAAAUUCUUUGUCAAUGCGUACUUUGAUGGUUAUGAACAAUCCUUAAAAGCUUGGGUGGACGGCGAGUUGGACCCAACUAUCGACUGGAUCACGAAAACGCAGAACGAAUUGAGCUGA